UUAAGCAGAUGUUUGUGUUAGAUGCUUGGUUGGGGUCUGCAUGCUCCAAAAGACUUGAAGUAGAGAAGAUUGUUUGCAUUGUUUUUGAUGAAGGGUUCAAUAAAAGUGGAGAGGAGUUGACUGCGGUGACAGAACCUUUGGUAAGGGUUCUUCGUAUGGUGGAUGGAGAGGGCAUGCCAAUGGGUUUCAUUUAUGAGGCCAUGGAUAGGGCCAAAGAGGCCAUUUCACAUUACUAUCGUGGAAAUACAAGAAAAUGUGAAAUCCUUUGGCGCAUCAUUGAUCGUAGGUGGACAAAUCAACUCCACCAACCGAUACAUGCCUUCGCCUACUUUUUGAACCCGAAAUUCUACUUCUCUGAUUCAUUUAGGGCUGAUGAGGAGGUCAUGGCAGGUGUUAUUACAUGCAUUGAUAAGAUGACACCUGAUCCUGAGUUGAGAGACAAGGUUCUUGAUGAGUUGGAGAUCUACAAAAGUGCAGAGGGGAGACUCUUCUCAUCACAACUAGCAAUUGAUAGGAGAGGAAAACAACAACCAGAUUUAUGGUGGGAGAAUUAUGGUGCCGGCACGCCUAAUCUUCAAAAGAUAGCUAUCCGUGUUUUGUCUCAGCCAUGCAGUGCUUCUGGGUGUGAACGAAAUUGGAGUGUCUUUGAGAGCAUUCACACAAAGAAGAGAAAUAGAUUGUCACAAAAGCAGCUCAAUGAUCUAGUAUUUGUUCGGUACAACCUUCGCCUUCGAGUUAGACAGGUGGAGGGUGUUUCAUAUGAGGCCAUUGACUUGGAUGAAAUUGAUCCAUAUGGUGAUUGGACCAUGAAUGAACAAAAUGAUGGUGAUGAUGUCCUCCUUACCGAAGAAGAAAUUGCAGAAAUAGAGAGAGGAGCAGCACAAGAUGCAGAAGGAGCAAGAUUGGAUGAAGAUGAGGACGAAGAUGAGGAUGAUGAUGAGGACUUUGACUUUGAAGAAGAAUCAUCUCACCAUUUAGAUACCACAACACCCACUGCUACUACUUCUAGCUCAAGGCCUGAAAAAUUGAGCUAUAUUAGGAAAAAUACAAAGAGGAAGAUGUAGUCUUCUCUUUGGUUUGUUCAUUCACAUUGUUGUUUUUCACAUUUGUAGUUGGACUUGGACAUAUCAUUAUAUGUAAUUUUGUGAACAUUUAUAUACUUAUGCUGCCAUUAUACAUUUUAGAGUUGAAAGUUGAAACUUGAAUAUGCUGCCAUGAAUGAUGAAAUUUCAAAUAUUGCGUGUUUGUACUUUGUAGAUCAUAUGACAUGUGUAAUGUUUCAAUUAUGGCAC